GGCGAAAUCUAGCAAGCUACGUGCUUGAUCAUGUGAUAAUUCCCGGUGAUCGACUUGUUUGUUAUGGUAACUCCAAGGUUACCAUCCUUUGCAACUUCCUCAAAAAGUGCACCAGGGGCGAUUUACAAUCUCUUCAGAAUGCUUGUAAUUGAUAUAAAUAGCACUAGAAAUAACACAAUUCAAUCGAGAUAGGUAAUUCCAGCAGUAUACACCAUGAAAUUGACACAUCUCUUAAAACUCACCGCUUUACUCGGUGCGAUUCAUCCCGUAUUGGCAGAAGACGAAUCUGUCACUGAAGAAACCACCGAUAUAACAAUCACGGAGUAUCGCACCAUUGACGAAACGACCCAGGUUGAGACGGUUACUGAGAUUGUCGUUGAGACGGUUGUGAUUACCCAGGUUGAAGAACUGCUUCCUACGGUUACUUUGGUUGCUUGUAAUGAUACUGAAUGUACUGGAGGGAUGCUGCUUUGGAACUUGCCUGUAUUGGUGAGGACGUAAAUGUACAAAAGUUGCUGACAAACUACUUUUCGCUAUUGAUGGCUCGCUCGCUAAUGAGAAGAUUCCGGUUAUUGUCAAACUGUCGCUCGCUUUUUCCACACUACACAUUAUGCUGCUAACGGUUAUAUCUGCUACUAUGAACAUACUAUUUAUAUUUGUAAUCUUUGUAAAUAUCGCAAUAUAAGAACUUGAUACUUUU